ACCAUGAUCUGCUUGGUGCUUACCGUGUUCGCCAACAUCUUCCAGAGCACUUGCACUGGAGUAAAUGAGCGCACCUUCCUAGCCAUCAAGCCAGAUGGGGUGCAGCGGCAUCUCAUAGGGGAAAUCAUCAGGUGCUUUGAAAAGAAGGGCUUCAAACUGGUGGGGAUGAAACUCAUGCAGGCCUCGGAAGACUUGCUGAAGGAGCAUUAUAUAGCCCUCUGUGAUCGCCCCUUCUACAGCCACCUGGUGGAGUACAUGAGAUCGGGUCCUAUUGUAGCCAUGGUCUAGCAGGGGCUGGAUGUGGUAAAGACGGCUCGUGCAAUGAUUGGAGAAACUAACCCUGCUGAUUCCAGACCCGGCACCAUCCAAGGGGACUUCUGCAUUGAAGUCAGCAAGAAUGUGAUUCAUGGCAGCGACUCAAUCGAGAGUGCCCGGCGGGAGAUUUCGCUCUGGUUCCACACAGACAAGCUGACCUGCUGGGAGGACAGCACUGAGCACUGGAUCUAUAAGUAA